AUGGACGACGAAGUGAAGUUGGCGCUACCAAAGUUUCUCAAAAUAUUCGCAAAUAAUGGCAUUCCUAUGCAAAAGGCCAUGGUCCUGGCUAAGCACUGUUACAAAGACUUCGCUUUGCCCAGCAAGCUUUCUGAGAUGACGGAUGUGAAGCUGGCCUCUCUUGGUGUCGACGACAAAGACUUGCGAAAACAAGCUAUCUCCGCGCUCAAGAAAGGUGGUUACAUCGGCUCUACCCUUCGUCAGCCCAAGGCCGGCUCCAGUCAGCCGCCCUCUACGAUGACUGCCGUUGAAACGCUUACAACGCCCACUAAGAAGCGGAAGCGCGCGAAGGCCUCAGAUGUCAACGAAUUCCUACCAACUCCCAAAGACGAAACGGAAGAUGUGGGCAAUCUGGAGUUCAACGAGGUCUUGGACGAAGAGGUGCUGCAAACAAAGUCAACGGUCGUCAACCGUGCGCCUCUGCUUACCGCGUGGGCAACUCUAGUAGCCGAAAAACUCGGCUUUCAACGAGAGGAAGCCUUGAGCAUCGCCUCAGUCUUUACGGAAAUGAACGCCAUCUCGAAGGGAAUAGCUCUGGGAAAGUUUAAGAAAAAUGCUGCAAACGGUAUGGAGGCCUCAACCAAAGGAACACAACCCUACGUCGAUCUUAUGGGUAGACGGUGCUCUUCUGUCUCACCAUAUCGCUACCUUACUUCUGCCAGACCGCUCUACCAAAACCAGACCUCACAGUGGCGUGGUCUGUCUGCGGGCAACGCCGUCCCACCGAGUACGGCUUUCGCUUACAUCUCUCGAGCUUUACGGCAAACGGCACCGCAUAUAAUCGGGGCCAUGAGACUGCUUUUGGAUACCUACAGUGUGGAGGAAAUCAACGCGAAGGGUUGGGGGCUAUAUGCUGAUUUCAGGCCAGAUGUGAGUGGAUGGGGCGAUAGAGCUGAAGUUCGAUGUUCCACGAUACUGGAUCUCCGUCAAACACAAACGGUCAGUCAAGAACGACAACAACCCGCUGUUCAAACGACAGGAAACUUGGUCGACCAACUGUCCGAAGAACCAUCACCCAAACGCUCUCGUGUUAUGACAUUGGAGGAGUACGAAGCAGCCUUAGAUGAAGACCGAACGUUUGACAAUGUGAACCUCGACUUUGAUACCCAAUACUAG